UAUUGUUCCGCCCCCGGCCUCCCGCCCUUCCCCUUCCCGCCCGCUCCCCUUUUCCCCUCAGUCGCCUCGCGCCUGCAGUUUUUGGCUUUCACCCCCACCAGUGACCAAAGACUUGACCACUCAAAGUCCAGCUCCCCAAAACACUGCUCGACAUGGACACCGGUGUGAUUGAAGGUGGAUUAAAUGUCACUCUCACCAUCCGGCUACUUAUGCAUGGAAAGGAAGUUGGCAGUAUCAUCGGAAAGAAAGGAGAAUCAGUUAAGAAGAUGCGUGAGGAGAGUGGUGCACGUAUCAACAUCUCAGAAGGGAAUUGUCCUGAGAGAAUUAUCACUUUGGCUGGACCCACUAACGCCAUCUUCAAAGCCUUCGCUAUGAUCAUUGACAAACUGGAAGAGGACAUUAGCAGCUCUAUGACCAAUAGUACAGCUGCCAGUAGACCCCCAGUUACCCUGAGGCUGGUGGUCCCUGCUAGUCAGUGUGGCUCUCUCAUCGGGAAAGGUGGUUGCAAGAUCAAAGAAAUACGAGAGAGUACAGGGGCUCAGGUCCAGGUGGCGGGGGAUAUGCUCCCCAACUCAACUGAGCGGGCCAUCACUAUUGCUGGCAUUCCGCAAUCCAUCAUUGAGUGUGUGAAACAGAUCUGCGUGGUCAUGUUGGAGGUAAGCCCUCAGGCUCAUGCUGAGAAUGGGGGGAGGGGCGUGACCAUCCCGUACCGGCCCAAGCCGUCCAGUUCUCCAGUCAUCUUUGCAGGUGGUCAGGACAGGUACAGCACAGGCAGCGACAGUGCGAGCUUUCCCCACACCACCCCGUCCAUGUGCCUCAACCCUGACCUGGAGGGACCACCUCUAGAGGCCUAUACCAUUCAAGGACAGUAUGCCAUUCCACAGCCAGAUUUGACCAAGCUGCACCAGUUGGCAAUGCAACAGUCUCAUUUUCCCAUGACGCAUGGCAACACCGGAUUCAGUGGCAUUGAAUCCAGCUCUCCAGAGGUGAAAGGCUAUUGGGCAGGUUUGGAUGCAUCUGCUCAGACUACUUCUCAUGAACUCACCAUUCCAAAUGAUUUGAUUGGCUGCAUAAUCGGGCGUCAAGGCGCCAAAAUCAAUGAGAUCCGUCAGAUGUCUGGGGCGCAGAUCAAAAUUGCGAACCCAGUGGAAGGAUCUACUGAUAGGCAGGUUACCAUCACUGGAUCUGCUGCCAGCAUUAGCCUGGCUCAAUAUCUAAUCAAUGUCAGGCUUUCCUCGGAGACGGGUGGCAUGGGGAGCAGCUAGAACAAUGCAGAUUCAUCCAUAAUCCCUUUCUGCUGUUCACCACCACCCAUGAUCCAUCUGUGUAGUUUCUGAACAGUCAGCGAUUCCAGGUUUUAAAUAGUUUGUAAAUUUUCAGUUUCUACACACUUUAUCAUCCACUCGUGAUUUUUUAAUUAAAGCGUUUUAAUUCCUUUCUCUGUUCAGCUGUUAAUGCUGAGAUCCAUAUUUAGUUUUAUAAGCUUCUCCCCCCCCCCUUUUUUUUGGCUCAUGAAUUUUUUUUUCUGUUUGUCAUGGAAAUGUAAGAGUGGAAUAUUAAUACAUUUCAGUUUAGUUCUGUAAUGUCAGGAAUUUUUCAAAAAAAUUAAAAGAUGGACUGGAGCUUUUUCUUUGUGAAUAGAAACUGGA